AUGUCUCGAUAUCCAGAGGCCGACGAGGCACAGCGAGGACACUACAACGAUGGAUACUCGCCCUAUCAGCAGACAACGACGCCGAACCCUUAUGAACAAUAUGAAGCCCAUCCAAGACAGCAACAAUUUGGGGCAGGAACCCCGCUUUCGAUGACUGACCCAUUCAACCCAAUUCCACAUAAUCCAUACUCUUCACCACCACCACCUCCUCCUCCAGGAGUGACCUCAAAUAUAUACCCACCACCACCACCGCCCACAGAUCUCGGAUAUGGCGCCUACCGCCCGCCAAAUGUCGUGCACCCUGCAUCUCCCCCACCGCACAACGCGUUGUCGCCUGCACCUUCAUUAAACCCACUGCUAGCACCUCCAGGGCCAUCGAGGACACCAGGACUGCAACCGCAGUACAACAGGUCCGCGUACGACAUGAAUGAAGGCGACGACAUGGGCAUCGAUACGGGCGACAUGCCACUGCUGCGGAGGGACCCGUCGUCUUCGGGGGCGUUCACGCCACAUUUCCCAGGCGGGCUGGAGGAGGACGGCGAGCAGAGCGUGCAGGAGGAGAACAACAUUCGAUACGGGCGGAUCCCACAGCGUGUGCCAAGGCGGUACAAGACGAUCAAGAAAGUCGAGCUGUUCCACGGCAACUUUGUGCUGGACAACGCGGUGCCGAAAAAGCUCCUAGACAUGUGCGCGAACCGCACCGAGCGCGAAUUUACGCACAUGCGGUACUCAGCGGCGACGUGCGAUCCAAAUGACUUCAAGGACUCGGGCUUCACUCUCCGACAGGUGCACUACGACCCGCCACGGCGCACGGAGUUGUUCAUUGUGAUGACGAUGUAUAAUGAAGACGAGGAGCUUUUCUGCCGUACUAUGCACGGUGUAAUAAAGAACGUUGCGCAUCUGUGCAAGCGUGAUAGGAGUAAGACUUGGGGCAAGGAUGGAUGGAAAAAAGUCGUUGUAUGUAUCGUGAGCGAUGGACGAGGGAAGAUUAAUUCGAGGACGCUCAGCGUUAUCGCUGCUAUGGGCGCCUAUCAGGAAGGGGUAGCAAAGCAGAAGAUCGGGAACCAGGAGGUCACCGCUCAUAUAUAUGAAUAUACCACUCAAAUCUCUGUUACCCCAUCUCUGAAAAUCGAAGGCGCGGAAAAGGGCACAGUUCCUGUGCAAGUUAUUUUCUGUCUCAAGGAAAAGAAUCAGAAGAAAAUCAAUUCCCAUCGGUGGUUCUUUAAUGCCUUCGGUGCUAUUCUUCAACCCAACGUCUGCGUUCUCCUUGACGUGGGCACUAUGCCUGGCCCAACGUCCAUCUACCACUUGUGGAAGGCAUUUGAUAUCAACUCCAAUGUAGGCGGUGCCUGUGGUGAGAUUGUAGCGCUCAAGGGCAAGUACGGAAGAAAUUUGAUUAACCCACUUGUUGCCGCACAAAACUUUGAGUACAAAAUGUCGAAUAUCCUGGAUAAACCAUUAGAAUCUGUAUUUGGAUACAUCACCGUGCUUCCUGGUGCCUUCAGUGCGUACCGCUACAUUGCGCUGCAAAACGAUUCCCAAGGCGAGGGUCCGUUACAGAAAUAUUUCCUGGGUGAAACCAUGCACGGCGCAGGAGCAGAUAUUUUCACAGCGAACAUGUACCUUGCUGAGGAUCGCAUUCUAUGCUGGGAACUUGUCUCCAAACGUGGCGGGUCGUGGAUUCUGCAUUAUGUCAAAUCCGCGUAUGCAGUGACUGAUGUACCCGAUCAGGUCCCCGAACUAAUCUCCCAACGUCGUCGCUGGCUCAAUGGUUCAUUUUUUGCCGCCGUGCAUUCGACAGUGCACUUCCACUACAUCUAUAGGUCGAGUCAUACAUUUAUACGAAAGGCGUGGAUCCACGUGGAGAUGCUGUAUCAGUUAUUUAACCUCAUCUUUUCCUGGUUUGCCUUGGCCAAUUACUAUAUCGCCUUCGCUAUUCUUUCCGAAGCCAUGGAAGACCAUAGUUUCAACCUCAAAGGCAUUCACAUUGUCAACGUCAUUCUCAACUAUUUCUAUCUCGGCCUCCUCCUCAUGUGCUUUAUUCUUUCUCUGGGUAAUAGACCGCAGGGGAGUAAAUGGGGGUAUACAGCUGCCAUGCUUGGUUUCUCGGUCAUUACAAUUUACAUGACUGUGGCUGCGUUCCUGCUUGCGUUCAAGGGUCUGGAGAAUCUUGCGCAUACGGAUGGACCUCUCCAGUUCUCGGAUAUCUUCACCAACCCUAUCUUCAGGAAUAUUGUUGUUUCCCUUCUGGCCACGCUCGGGCUGUAUGUGAUUGCUAGCAUCAUAUUCUUCGAGCCAUGGCACAUGAUCACUUCGUUUGUGCAGUACAUGCUCAUGGCUCCCUCGUACAUCAACGUCUUGAAUGUCUACGCCUUUGCUAACGUUCACGACGUUUCAUGGGGUACCAAAGGUGACAAUACCGUUGCCAAAGAUUUGGGGACGGUCGCCACAGGCAAAAAGGCAGGCGAAGUCGAGGCGGAUGUACCGACAGACGAAAAGGAUAUUAAUGCACUAUACGAAGAUGCGAUUCAUGUGCUGAACUCGAAGCCACCCAAGGUAGAGAGCAAACCUGACAAGGGCACACAGCAAGAGGACUAUUACAGGUCCUUCAGAACCAAUGUGCUAUUGGCAUGGGUUUUAACGAAUGGACUGUUGGGCGCUGCGAUCACGUCGACAAAUGUGAAGGCAUCGGACGGAGGGGCAAAUAAGGCCGUGAACGGCUAUAUGUCCUUCUUGUUAGCCUCCGUGGCUGGACUUGCUUUCAUUCGGUUUGUUGGGGCAUCGACAUACAUGAUCGUCCGUUUGUUUGCUGGAGAGUAG